GUUGGAGAGUCGCGGUUGACAUAGUAACUCUUCGGCAGCUCUCCCUGGUUUGGGCUCCCACUGCUGCUGCCUGAGGCCCCGCCUGUGCCCUCUCUGCCCGGGAGCCCGGCCGCCUGCGCCAGGUCAAGGUCCCCUUUGUGGUUGCCCCCCAACCCGCUAAGUAGUGACUUCCACCCGGGCCAUCUGGAACGCCACUCGCAGAUCCCAGCCUGCCAGGCGUCCGCAUCCCUUCCCUCGUCCUAUCCCCUGGGCAUCCUUUGCUCUGGACCAGUUUGGCAGGUGCCCCGGCCCCUCUUCCCAGGUCCGCUUCCCCGGAGCAGGGCGCAGGCCAGUCCCGUGCGGGUGUCAUGAGCCAGAGCACUGCGUUCAUGGCCCGGAGGGGCGGCUCUCCGCCAGUUGCUGGAGCCGGAGCGCGGCGCAACGAGAGCCAGGACUAUCUGCUGAUGGAAGCCGCCGAGCUAGGAGAUGAAGGCUGCCCGCAGUUCCCGCUGCCGCCCUACGGUUACUACCCCAGCUUCCGGGGCAAUGAAAACAGGCUGACUCACAGGCGGCAGACGGUUCUUCGUGAGAAGGGGAGAAGGUUAGCUAAUCGAGGACCAGCAUACAUGUUUAAUGAUCAUUCAACAAGCCUGUCUAUUGAGGAGGAACGCUUUCUUGAUGCAGCUGAAUAUGGCAAUAUCCCAGUUGUGCGGAAGAUGCUAGAAGAAUGCCUGUCCCUCAAUGUUAACUGCGUGGACUACAUGGGCCAGAAUGCCCUGCAGUUAGCAGUGGCCAAUGAACACCUGGAAAUUACAGAGCUGCUGCUCAAGAAAGAAAACCUAUCUCGGGUCGGGGAUGCUUUGCUCCUGGCUAUUAGUAAAGGGUAUGUGCGGAUUGUGGAAGCUAUUCUCAGUCAUCCUGCCUUUGCUGAAGGCAAGAGGUUAGCAACAAGCCCCAGUCAGUCUGAACUCCAGCAAGAUGAUUUUUAUGCCUAUGAUGAAGAUGGAACCAGGUUCUCCCACGACGUGACGCCAAUCAUCCUGGCUGCUCACUGCCAGGAAUAUGAAAUCGUGCACACGCUCCUGCGGAAGGGUGCCCGGAUCGAGCGGCCUCAUGAUUACUUCUGCAAGUGCACUGAAUGCAGCCAGAAACAAAAGCACGACUCCUUCAGCCACUCCAGAUCCAGGAUUAAUGCCUACAAGGGCCUGGCAAGCCCAGCGUACCUGUCAUUGUCCAGCGAAGAUCCAGUCAUGACGGCUUUAGAACUUAGCAACGAGCUGGCAGUGCUGGCCAACAUUGAGAAAGAGUUCAAGAAUGACUACAGAAAGUUGUCCAUGCAGUGCAAAGACUUCGUCGUUGGCCUUCUGGAUCUUUGCAGAAACACAGAGGAAGUGGAGGCCAUCCUGAAUGGGGACUCAGAAACAUGCCAUCCCGGAGAACUUGGUCGUCCGAAUCUCAGCCGUUUAAAACUUGCCAUUAAAUACGAAGUAAAAAAAUUUGUAGCUCACCCGAACUGCCAACAGCAGCUCCUGUCCAUAUGGUAUGAGAAUCUGUCUGGUUUACGGCAGCAGACCAUGGCAGUGAAGUUUCUCGUGGUCCUCGCCGUCGCCAUUGGACUACCUUUCCUGGCUCUCAUUUACUGGUGUGCUCCGUGCAGCAAGAUGGGGAAGAUAAUGCGUGGACCAUUCAUGAAGUUUGUGGCACAUGCGGCCUCCUUCACCAUCUUCCUGGGGCUGCUCGUCAUGAAUGCAGCUGACAGAUUUGAAGGCACCAAACUCCUUCCUAAUGAAACCAGCACAGAUAAUGCAAGACAGCUGUUCAGGAUGAAAACAUCCUGCUUCUCAUGGAUGGAGAUGCUCAUUAUAUCCUGGGUAAUAGGCAUGAUAUGGGCUGAAUGCAAAGAAAUUUGGGCUCAAGGUCCCAAAGAAUACUUAUUUGAGUUGUGGAAUAUGCUUGAUUUUGGGAUGCUGGCGAUCUUUGCUGCAUCGUUCAUUGCAAGAUUCAUGGCAUUCUGGCAUGCAUCCAAAGCACAGAGCAUCAUUGAUGCGAACGACACAUUGAAGGACUUGACAAAAGUCUCACUGGGAGACAAUGUAAAAUACUACAAUCUGGCCAGGAUAAAGUGGGACCCUUCUGAUCCUCAAAUUAUAUCUGAAGGUCUUUAUGCAAUUGCUGUGGUUUUAAGUUUCUCCAGAAUAGCUUAUAUUUUACCAGCAAAUGAAAGCUUUGGGCCUCUGCAGAUAUCACUUGGAAGAACCGUAAAAGACAUCUUCAAGUUCAUGGUCAUAUUCAUCAUGGUGUUUGUGGCCUUCAUGAUUGGAAUGUUCAACCUCUACUCCUACUACAUUGGUGCGAAGCAGAACGAGGCCUUCACAACAGUUGAAGAAAGUUUUAAGACUCUGUUCUGGGCUAUCUUUGGACUUUCUGAAGUAAAGUCAGUGGUCAUCAACUAUAAUCACAAGUUCAUUGAAAACAUUGGCUAUGUUCUGUACGGGGUCUAUAAUGUCACAAUGGUCAUUGUUUUGCUGAAUAUGUUGAUUGCAAUGAUCAACAGUUCAUUCCAGGAGAUCGAGGAUGAUGCUGAUGUGGAGUGGAAAUUUGCAAGGGCCAAACUUUGGUUUUCCUAUUUUGAGGAGGGGAGAACUCUUCCUGUUCCCUUCAACCUGGUGCCAAGUCCAAAGUCCCUGUUUUAUCUCUUAUUGAAGUUUAAGAAAUGGAUUUAUGAUCUGGUCCAGGGUCGUAAGAAAGGCUUCCAAGAGGAUGCAGAGAUGAACAAGCUUGCACACAAUAAACAGUCAAGUAUAAGAAUCUCAGAAGACUUUCAUCUAAAUAGUUUCAACAAUCCUCCAAGGCAGUAUCAGAAAAUCAUGAAGAGACUCAUUAAAAGAUAUGUACUGCAAGCCCAGAUCGAUAAGGAGAGCGAUGAAGUGAACGAAGGAGAGCUGAAGGAAAUUAAGCAAGACAUCUCAAGUCUCCGCUAUGAACUCCUGGAAGAAAAAUCUCAGAACACAGAAGAUCUAGCAGAACUUAUUAAAAAACUUGGCGAGAAAUUGUCGUUGGAGCCAAAACAAGAGGAAAGCCACAGAUAAUGCAAAGACUUUCCUAGAAAUUCAUAUUUAUUUGUCCACUUGAAGCCAUAUUAUUUUCUGAUUUAUUUUUUUAAGUGCCAAUUAUACAAAAAUGAAAAGGUUAAAUGGUAACUUGGAUCAUCUGGAGUCCUAAUAUCAAUGCUUUUGUGAUUAAACUUCAUUGUUGAGGCUAAAGAUUGCAGAUUAUGAUGAUUGUUUGCCUAGUCCUUUGGUGCUUGUUUUCUGAACUGCUUUCUUGGGGUUGAGUAGCUAGGGUGCCCAUGGAUAUAUCAAGUAGGGUCUGCUUGGGACUGGCCCCAGACAGAAGGGAUCGGGUCUAUAUCACGUCCUGUCUGGUCCCCUGACAAAGUGACUUCAGGUAUCGUCCUUCUCCUGCUGUUGACUCUGAGCCCUGGAAUAUGGGAGAAAAUGAUCUAUUUAGAGAAUUCUGUGUAUCACCAUCUAUCUACUGAAUACAAUUGGUACUGCUUGGAGCAAAGGGUUUUACAGCUGAGUGUGGUGAACAAUACCUAAAACCCCAGCACUUAGAAGAUGGAGGGAGGUUGAGGAGCUCAAGGCCAGCCUUAGCUGCAUAGUGAGAUCAAGUAGGCUCCAUGAGACCAUGUCUAAAAAACAUAACAAAACAAAGCUAACAUGGGAUUACCUCUAUGUUCAAUUUUCUGACUUACUUCUUUAAAAAUAUUAUGCUUAACAAUUAAAAUGUGUUUUCUCUGCUGACCCCUGGAAACAUGGUCCAGGUGUGUGUGUGUGUGUGUGUGUGUGUGUGUGUGUGUGUGUAAUUGUGUGCACACGCAUACAGAACAUGCUUGCGCUAUUUCUUUUGUAGCUAAUGUGAACACUCAAAAGUUUUUUUAUGAUGAUUUAAAUUAUUAUUGAAAAAUUACUGUUGAAAUAUGGACUUUUAAAGAAGUAUCAAACUUCCAAACACUGUAAUUCUCUGUUUCAAGCAUAGCACAAUUCUGUGCUGUUUCCGAAGACAUGGACAGUGAACUCCCACAUUCAACCUUUGAAAGUUAAGGGGAGAAACAGUGUUAUGGGAAUUUGUAGGUAUGCACUUGUUAUUCCUGGUAUUUUCUAUUCUUCUCCCCAAAUUUAUAUUGAAGAAUUUGCAUUGAUUUACAUCUACCAAGAAGUUGUUAUGUAUUAAUGCUGUGAGACAGUAUCUUAAACAACAACUGUAAUGAAGGUUCAUUUUUUUAUCCAAAGACUCUCCAUAUUCAGAUGAUGCUGGGCAUUAACUAGAAACAUUGCUUCAGGUUGAAUAAAGAGAAGUUACAGAAGAAAAUCUUUGACUUCCCUUUAAAGAUGAAAUAGUAACUGAAAAUCUGUUUAGUGCUAAGUCUGACUUAAUCAGAAAACAUUUAUAUAACCAAUUCAGAAAAUACAAUGGAAAUUUAUAUUCAGUUACUUUUGUAUUUGUGGGUGUUGCUAACUGAGAAAUUUCUAGUGAUGUAGCAAAGGUCCAAUUUCAAACGUUGUGUGGAAAUAUUUAAUCAGCAGUUGUCAAAAAAAAAAAAAAUCAACUUCACACAAAAUGCUGAAUCAGCAAAUUAAA